AUCAGUUAUGUGCAUGCGUGUGUGGGGGAGGAAAGACUGGCUGAGAACGCUAUGGCUGAAACAUUAAAACAGAAAGACUUUACCUGUUUAUUCUGCCUCUAGGCUUGGCGCUCAAUCCUGUCCUAACGGAUGCUCACAGAGAGAUGGUGAGAAAGGCACAGUGCAAUAAUCAGAGAGGGAAAAGAGAGCGCGAGAGAAAAAGAGAGAGUGUAGACGGCUGCUAAAAGCAAGAGAGGGAGCAGAGGAGGGUGAGAUAGAGAGCGAGAGCACGAGUACCAGAAAGACCGCGCACAUGAAGGUGAGGAGACGGAGAGAAGGAGGCUGUUUUAUGUGUGCUGCUCUGUGUGCAUGACUGAGGAGCAUAUCUGCCUGGACCGUUUCUCAUCUCAAGCCCCAGAGCUGGGAUCUGUGCUCCAGAGGCUGUACUGACUGAGGAACACAGGGACAGACAGACAGGGAGAGGCUAGGGGACUUGAAAGGGGGCUGUGCAGAGGAUGUGCAGGCUGCGUGGGAUCUGUUGUUUGCGUGAACACUGUCGCCAGACCCCUCUGUUUCACUCGACUGCUGUCGCAGGCCCCCCCUUAGCCCAGCAGCCAAAGGACAGCAGCAGUCUGUUGUAGAGAGAUGAGCUCCAAGCACUCUUCCGACUGGAUUCCCUACAGUACAUUGGAUGAUGAGGGCAGCAACCUCCGCCAACAGAAGCUAGACAGACAGCGAGCUCUUCUGGAACAGAAGCAGAAGAAGAAGAGGCAGGAGCCUCUAAUGGUGCAGUCCAAUGUUGACGGGCGGUCUCGUGCUCGCAGGACCAAGCAGUGUGAAGAGCAGGCUCCCCUGGUGGAGUCCUACCUCAGUAGCAACAGUAGCACCAUUUACCAUGUGCAAGAAGCUGAACAUGAGGAGGUGAAGAUGGUAGCAGAUAUCCAGGCUCCUCGCUCAGCCAAAAAGGGAAAAGCAUCAGCUAGCUCCACCCCACAGACAGGCAGCGGCAAAAAGGAGAGAAAGGGGAAGCACAAAGGACUUGAGGGGCCCACAUCCUUCCAGGAAGAGGGUCAGAUCCAGAUCCUGACGGUGGGUCACUCAUAUGUGGAGGAGGGGAAUGAGGGGAACACCGUGAUCAACGCUCAGCCACAGGGCAAACAGGACCUGAGAGUCACCAUGCUGAAGAAAGGUAUUUCUAGUAGUAUGAACUUUGAUGAGGAGGAGGAUGAUGACGAUGAAGUCAGUUCCAGUUCCUCCCAGCUCAACAGUAACACAAGACCAGGAUCUGCCACCAGCAAGAAGUCCUGCAAGGAGGCAGCCUCAGCCUCCACCCCUCCCAUCAACGACCCGGCCGUGGACGUGGACGACCUGGAGGAGUUCACCCUGAGGCCAGCCCCUCAGGGGGUUACCGUGAAGUGCAGGAUUACCAGAGACAAGAAGGGCAUGGACAGAGGCAUGUACCCUACCUACUAUCUGCACCUGGAGAGGGAGGAUGGAAAGAAGGUGUUCCUGUUAGCCGGAAGAAAGAGAAAGAAGAGCAAAACAUCUAAUUACCUCAUCUCCAUCGAUCCCACCGACUUGUCUCGAGGUGGGGAGAGUUUCAUUGGAAAGCUGAGGUCCAACCUGAUGGGGACCAAGUUUACAGUAUAUGACAGUGGACAGAACCCUGGGAAGACCACCUCCAGCCUAGAGGCAACUAACCUGCGGCAGGAGCUGGCAGCCAUCUGCUAUGAAACCAAUGUUUUAGGGUUCAAAGGACCUCGUAAAAUGAGUGUCAUUAUACCUGGAAUGAACAUGGACCAUGAGAGAGUCUCCAUCUGCCCGCGAAAUGACCAUGAGUCUUUGCUGGCGCGUUGGCAGAACAAGAGCACAGAGAGUGUAAUUGAGCUUCACAACAAGACCCCAGUGUGGAACGACGACACACAGUCCUACGUGCUCAACUUCCACGGCAGAGUCACUCAGGCCUCAGUCAAAAAUUUCCAGAUCAUCCAUGACAAUGACCCUGACUACAUCGUGAUGCAGUUUGGGCGAGUUGCAGAGGAUGUAUUCACGAUGGACUACAACUACCCUAUGUGUGCCCUCCAAGGCUUUGCCAUUGCUCUCUCCAGCUUUGACAGCAAGCUGGCCUGUGAGUAGCAGCCAUCCUCGCUCCCUUGCCCUCCUGAGAAGCCGCCUGCCCCUUAUUGAAGGCCUACUCAAUGGGCCUCCACUAGCCCUUCAGUCUCCUCACCAAGGGCUGCAGUUAAUCCCGGGUCACCUUGGAGACCCUACACUGUCUGAGAAUCCCACCUGGAAUUGUGCUGGAGCUGUGGAUGGAGGCUGUGGAGGCGCAAGUGCGUGCGUGCGUGCGUGUUGUGUGUAUUUGGCUGUGUCUCGAGCUGCCCCACACAACUCUUCCAGUCUCCAUUCUGGAUAUGGAUAUGUCAAGCAGCGGACAGGACAAGCACAAAGACUAAUCCAUUAGUCAUUGAAUCCUAAGGCUCAUUUUAAUAGGUUUUAAAUGACAUAUGUAAUAGUGAAUUCUGUUACAUUAUUUAUCUGUUGUGGAAUUCUAACAUUUCUUUAACCAUUAAUUACUUUUGGAUAAGUGUGACCUUUAAUGCUAACACUAACUAUUUUUCAUCUUCAAAUAUAAUUGGUUGAAAGAGUAAAUAAAUGAUUGCCUCCCACGAUUAGUUGGGGGAGGGGACUGUGGAUCGGUUCCUAUACGUACUUACAGGAUUGCAUACUUUCCGUGAUAUUUAAGACAGUGCUGGCCUGAUAGCGUUAUAACAAAUAAUUGAAAAUGCUAAUUUGCAAGAACAUGCCCCUCACCCCAUUGUACCAUAAGUCAUAAAAUUCAAUACAUAUUUUCCACCCUAAGGGCCCAUAUCAAUCAAUCAAAUUUAUUUUAUAAAAUCUUUUUAUAAAGUCCAUAAAGGCUGCAAUGAUGGGUUUUCUGCCAAUUAAAACACCUAAAAUAAUAAAUCUCCGUUAAAUUAAUCAUUUAAAGACAAAGGUCUAUGAAGACCUAAACAAAUUGGCCACCAUUGACCACUAAAAAACAAUGUGUGAAUGGUCUGGCAUAAAUGCAUGGCGUAAAUGCAUAUAAAUCAGUCUGGGAAAAUUUUUAUGUAACAUCCUUUGGGACACAUUGCAAAUACUGUCAAGACACUACAUAUAAAAGAACAUAAAUAUUGACCACACAGUGCUGCUAUAAUGGACACAAAUCUCUUGACCUGUCACUUAGUGACAAUUUGGCAGACAUGCUCAGGGAAGAUUUCUCUUUAACCAACACAAUUUCUCUGAUUGUGUCUCGAUUUUGACAACAUUUAGAUGAAUGACAUGUCUUUUACAAAAUUACACUGAUUAGCCCAGCAUAGCAGAGCAUUAUUCAUGGGGUUGGCAUGUUCACUCUUGCCUUGUUUAAUGAUAGACUGUAAACCAAUAGCUUAAAAUGUAAAACAUAUUUUAAGAUAAAACUAACUUAAUCGCCACUAAUUUUAAUAAUUUUAACAUCACAUAACAUCCACUCAUUUGCAUGUACUUAUAUUGUUUUCAUUAUUUAUACAUUUCAAUAUGUUGUUCGUAAAUUAGUCAAUAGCCUAUCCUUUGUUUCCACUCAUUUAAUCUUAGUUUUGGAGCCUGGAGCACACAACAUGAUUGAAGGGAUAAUCUGGCACACCUACACAUAGGA